UUACGACUUUAUUUGUAAUGGACAGUAACAUCUUCAGACAACAAACAAGUCCUAAGCUCUUUGCUUGAGACAGACGUGCAGGUCGACCGAUCGGCAAUGGGGUCUACUGCGCAUGUGCACCACUACACUUCGCUUCAGACACGUGCGGAAAGCUGGCAGCAUGUAUCCUUCAUUUUCUCCCAACCUGGUUCGACCCAAUCUGCCAUUGAGGAAACCAUCAUCGAGCCCGAUAGCUCUUGGUGCAUCGCCUGCUCCAAGACUUUCCACCAACACUGCCACUGGAGAUGGUCCUAAAAUGCCACCCUUCAGCAGGGAUAUAUCAGCGGUGUCAGGAUCCGUGCCCCCAGCGCUGACAGUAUACUUCUGCAACUACUGUGGUCAGCAAGGAAAUUUCCGUUGCAAGCGCUGCAAGAAGACUCCUUACUGCUCUGUUGUGUGUCAGACAGAAGACUGGAAAGCACACAGACAUGUGUGCAAACCCAUGGAGCCAGAACCUGUAAGAGAGAAACCAAAGGAAACCACAGCAUCACCUGUGAUGGAAGACAAAGCUGGCCUGCUUGAGUCUAAGACUUGUGGUGAUGCACCCAGUCCCCAGAGGGUCUAUUUAAAGGACUUGCAAAUGACUAAAGUCAUUACAGGAACACACAUCCAGGCAUCUGUUGUAGAGUUCUACAGCCCUGGCAGGUUUUUCAUCGUUGCACAAAGCCCUGAGCUCCUGGGAGCUCUGAACAGCAUCAGCACAGAGCUUCAGAAAACAUACAGCUGCCCAUCAGUGACGACAUAUGUACCCUGUACUGAAGAGGUGUGCGCGGUUCAGUUUUCCUGUGACCUGAACUGGUACCGGGGCUUCAUCCAGACUUUGGCUACUGACCAGAAGAAGGCUAAUGUCCUUUACAUUGAUUUUGGCAAUGAAGAAGAUGUUCCUGUGGAAAGGAUCAGGCCCCUGGCUGCUAAUAUCCCAACAUUCUCUCCAUGUGCAAUGGAGUGUUGCAUCGCUGGGGUGGUGCCAGUGGCUGGCAACUGGUCAGGCGAGUGCUGUAUUGCAGUGAGACAGCUGUUAGCCGGCAAGACUGUGACUGUGAAGCUGGUGGAUAUGCUAGAGCAUGGUCGCAUCCACACUGUUGAUAUCCUGCUUGCAAUGGGAAAGCAGCUGAGCACAUUCCUCCUUGAGCACGGUUAUGCAGUAGAGGAAACAAUCAACACAACACCAACUGAGCAAGAAAUAAAGGGCAUGGUGAGUGCAUCUUUGGACAACUUCAAGCGUCUCUCUGAUGGGAAGGAUAACAACACCUGGGCUAAGAGACCUGAGCCCAUCACACAGGUGGUGGGUGACUCCUUCCCUGCUGUGGUCACCCACUUACAUUCACCAAGUGAAAUUCUUGUACAGAAGGUGGAGAACGCUGGAGUGAUUCAAGAGUUGCAGUUGAAGCUGAGGGAACACUGCAGUCAGAUCCCAGCCCCUCAGAACUUCAGACCAGCCCUCGGCACAGUUUGCUGUGCCCAGUUUUCAGAGGACAAGCAGUGGUACAGGGCUGAAGUUCUGGCUUACUCUUCGGAGGAACGCGUCUGUGUUGGCUACCUUGAUUUUGGCAACUCUGAGGAGGUGGAUUUAGCCCACCUGCGGCCGAUCAGCCCUUCACUACUGGCCCUUCCUAUGCAGGCUGUGCCUUGUGGUCUAGCAGGGGUGCAGCCUGUUGGGGAGAGCUGGUCGGAGGACUGUGUGAUGGCCCUCCAGAAAAUGGUAUUGCACAGAAUACUGCGGGUUGAGAUCCAGGGGGUGCAUGAGGGCAAGGCUUUGGUGGCCCUGUAUGAUGAGUCCAGUGACCCUCAGGUCAACGCAGUGGAGAUGCUGAACUCUGCUGGUUUCAGUGUACCUGCUCCUGUUACCACCAGCAGUGAGCAACAGGUUGAGCAGAAAGUAGUGACUACUGCUGCUGCAGAACCACAGGGGCCUCCCCCAGCCUGUGAGCCUCUGCUGUGGACUUACACUGAGCUUCCCUCUGAUGGCCAGACAGUGGCACUGCUAGCCAGCGUCGUGGAGAACCCUCAGGAGUUUUACUGCCGCAUCAACAAUCCUACAGACCAUCAGCGUCUGAUAGAGCUUGGGGCAGAGUUGAAGCAGCACUGCGAGGCACAGACCUCACCUUUUGUGCCCAAAGUGGGGGUGCCCUGUUGCGCCAAGUUUCCUGGUGAUGGCGCGUGGUAUCGUGCUAUGAUAAACGAGAUAUCUGAAGACGAGACAUCUGUAAACUAUGUGGACUAUGGUUCUUGCAUGAAAGUGAAAAAUAAGAACCUACGACCCAUUACACCCCGACUCCUGACUCUACCCUUCCAAGCUGUUCGCUGCAGCCUUGCAGGUGUGGAGCCCCUGGGAUCUGAGUGGAGCAGUGAGGCCCUGCUGUGGUUCCAGACUCUGGUGGAUGGCGAAAAGCUAUCUGCACGUGUCCUUUCUGUCUCGCAACAAGGCUACAACGUGAAGCUGGAGAGCAGAGGGCAGGAUGUGGCGGUUGCCCUAAUUUCCGAGCAACUAGCCAAAGCUCCUGGAGCGAUUCCCAAAGAGACACAUGGCACCACAGGCUCUGAAGCCAAACACCAAGAGAAAAUAAAGGAAAAUGAGCACAGCCAAAAACAGGCACAAGCCUCCAGCCAGACCGGAGCCAGUUGCAAAGAGAUACCAACUGAAGGGACUGCAACGCCAUCAGAAGCCCCAUCUUUCCCAGUGAACUGGAAGACAAUGGAGCUGCCACUCACCGAGACCUUUCAGCCUUUAAUCCCAGCUGCCAUUAGUCCUUCCCUCUUCUACCUGCUCAGUCCCAGCCAGGUGGACCAGCAGAAACUUCAGGGUGUGAUGAUGGAGCUGGCAGCAUACUGCAACAACAACCAGACUUCUUUAUCCUCCACCGUCCUGAGCAGACCAGCUCCUGGGGCUGCCUGCUGUGCCCAGUUCUCUGCUGACAAUAACUGGUACCGUGCGGUGGUCCUGGAGGUCAGUGAGAAUGAAUUGAGUGUCAUGUAUGCCGAUUACUGCAACACUGAGAAGGUGCCGCUCUCCCGUGUCCUGCCCAUCCCUGGACAUCUACUGCAGCCUCCCUUUCAGAUCGCUCGCUGUGCGCUCACUGGUAGGGAGCACUUCCCUGCCGAGUGGCCAGAGGAGGUCCUGGUCGUGUUCCAAAACCUGCUGUCUACUGGCGUCCUCGCCACUGUCCAGUCGUUCGAUGGGUCUGCUAACGUGCUUUCACUCACUCUGCAUGCUGAGGCAGGUGGGGGGGACCUCACGGCCAUAAUCUUGGAUACACUGCAGGCCCAGACAAAGAGUAAUCCUUGCCCCUCCACCACCCAGAUGGUUGAGCAGGCUGAUGGCAGUGGCACAUCUGCUGCCAGCACUAACGCUAACGCUCCCACUGGCCCACCCCCUGAGACAGCAACCACGGCUCCUCAGCUGGGGAAAAACGCAUCAGUGACACACAAUGUAGAGGAUCAAAAGAUGGCUGAACAGACAGAGCCCCCAUGUGGAAUUGAUACGAACACUGAUGGAACUCUGACCUCCGGAUGCUGCUGUCUGAGCCUGAAGAAUAAGAUUGACCACCUGGAACAGUUGGUGCAGCUGCAGCUUUCUCUCAUCCAGCAGCUCGUGGCACAGACAAAAUAAGACUUACCACAUACAUUACAUUACAUUACAGUCGCCAACUUGUUGAAAUCAAGGAUGUUGUGUUUUUUUCUGGACCAUGUUUCACACUUCAUGUGGCCUCCAGAAGCAGCCACCCAGCUUGUAGUUUUAAUUUUGUCUCCUUAUUCAAGAAGUUGCCAUCCAGCUUUUAAUUUAUCUUUGUCAGUUCUUAUUUUGUGUCCAUAUCACUGAACGUACAUGUUGUUUCAGUGCCUUUUAUGUUUUUAACCUAUGGUUAACUUUUAGUCACUUUUCACUUUUAAUGUUUCUGGAGGUCUUCUUAAAAAUGCUGAAUGCACACAUUAGGUUUGUUGAAGUUGCCUAAAAAGUAACUGCACAAAAUGUUCAACCUCAAAUUGUCCAAGUGUGUGCAUUUCCAGCACAUGUGCAUCAACACAUGCUGUUAUGCUGCCAUCUGUUCCUUUGUUCUGUCUUAAUCACCUGUUCAGGUGGUAUGUCCAGCCCGAUUCAUUUGUUUGACAUGAGUUUCAGUUUUUUACAUAAAGGUUCUGUGACUAAAAGUAAAGAAAAUGAAUGCAG